GGUUUGCCAGCGAGUCGGGUGAGGUACAGAGUGGACGACGUGCAGUUUCCUUAUCCUGCCAGUAUUUUUGAUGUAGAAGAAGAUUCUGGAAGAGUAAUAACUCGAGUCAAUCUUAAUGAAGAGCCUACAACAAUUUUUAAGCUGGUGGUUGUAGCUUUUGAUGAUGGCGAGCCUGUGAUGUCAAGCAGUGCCACUGUGAGAAUUCUCGUCUUACAUCCCGGAGAGAUCCCACGCUUUACCCAAGAGGAAUAUAGGCCUCCUCCCGUAAGUGAACUUGCAAGCAGAGAGACUGUAGUUGGCGUAAUUUCUGCCGCAGAUCAGAGCAUUGUCUAUUCCAUUGUGGCAGGGAAUGAGGAAGAUAAAUUUGGAAUCAACAAUGUCACAGGAGUUAUCUACGUGAAUUCACCACUGGAUUAUGAGACAAGAACCAGCUACGUGCUACGCGUGCAAGCAGAUUCUUUGGAAGUAGUCCUAGCCAAUCUCCGAGUUCCUUCAAAAAGCAAUACAGCUAAAGUAUACAUUGAGAUUCAGGAUGAAAAUGAUCACCCCCCAGUGUUUCAGAAGAAAUUCUACAUUGGAGGUGUGUCUGAAGAUGCAAGGAUGUUUGCAUCUGUGCUCAGAGUGAAGGCUACUGACAGGGAUACAGGAAAUUACAGUACCAUGGCCUACAGACUCAUCAUACCACCGAUUAAAGAAGGCAAAGAAGGCUUUGUGGUGGAAACAUACACAGGGCUCAUCAAGACUGCAAUGCUCUUCCACAACAUGAGGAGAUCCUACUUCAAAUUCCAAGUGAUUGCAACUGAUGACUAUGGGAAGGGGCUGAGUGGGAAAGCUGAUGUCCUGGUAUCAGUGGUGAACCAGCUGGAUAUGCAGGUCAUUGUCUCUAACGUGCCCCCUACACUCGUGGAGAAGAAGAUAGAAGAUCUCACAGAGAUUUUGGAUCGCUAUGUUCAGGAACAAAUUCCUGGUGCCAAAGUUGUCGUGGAGUCUAUUGGUGCCCGUCGCCAUGGAGAUGCCUUCUCCCUAGAGGACUACAGCAAGUGUGACCUGACGGUCUAUGCUGUCGACCCCCAGACCAACAGAGCCAUCGAUAGAAAUGAGCUUUUCAAAUUCCUGGAUGGCAAGCUCCUCGAUAUCAGCAAAGACUUUCAGCCAUAUUAUGGGGAAGGAGGACGCAUUCUAGAGAUCCGGACUCCAGAGGCAGUGACAAGCAUCAAGAAGCGAGGAGAAAGCUUGGGGUACACGGAAGGGGCCUUGCUGGCCUUGGCCUUCAUCAUCAUCCUCUGCUGCAUCCCGGCCAUCUUGGUCGUCUUAGUCAGCUACAGACAACGCCAGGCCGAGUGCACCAAGACCGCGAGAAUCCAGUCUGCGAUGCCAGCGGCCAAGCCUGUGGCUCCCGCACCUGCUGCGCCCCCGCCACUACCACCCCCAGGCACACAUCUCUAUGAGGAGUUGGGAGACAGUGCCAUGUACGAAAUGCCACAAUAUGGAAGUCGCCGCCGACUGCUGCCCCCAGCUGGGCAGGAGGAGUACUGUGAGGUGGUCGGUGAAGCUGAGGAGGAAUAUGAGGAAGAAGAGGAAAAGCCAGAGAAAAUAAAAAAACCAAAAGUUGAAAUUAGAGAGCCUAGUGAGGAGGAGGUAGUGGUGACUGUCGAAAAGCCGCCGGCAGCCGAGCCCACGUACCCGGCCUGGAAGAGGGCCAGGAUAUUCCCUAUGAUUUUUAAGAAAGUCAGAGGACUUGCUGAGAGACGAGGCACCGACCUUGAGGACGAGGCAUGGAGAAGGCCCCUGGAGGAAGAAGACAAGGAUUAUCUGAAACUGACUCUUGACCAAGAGGAAGCUACUGAAAGCACCGUGGAGUCCGAGGAGGAGUCCAGUGACUACACCGAGUACACGGAAACGGAGUCUGAGUUCAGUGGGUCGGAAACCACCGAAGAGUCGGAGUCGGAGACCCAGUCCGAGGAGGAGGAGAGCUCCACCCCGGAGUCAGAGGAGUCGGAGUCCACCGAGUCAGAAGCAGAAAAGGCGAGAAAAAAUAUCGUGCUAGCGAGAAGAAGGCCCGCGGCAGAGGUCAGGGAGGUUAAAGGCGCGAGAGAGGAGCCGCCUCCAGAGCAGGAAGCACCUCCCAGGGACGAGGAAGAGGAGGCGCACCCAGAAGGGGAGGAAAGUGAGCCGUUCCCCGCGGAGGAGUCCGUAGACCUGGAAGCUGGAGAUGUCCUGGAGGAAGGAAGCGCACGAUCAGCCUCCGUGGAGGGAGGUGUGGAGAGUGAGGAGGAGUCAGAAGCCGGCGGCAGCAGCAGCAGCAGCACUAGCGAGAGUCUAUCUGGAGGUCCGUGGGGCUUCCAGGUACCAGACUAUGUCAGACGCAGGGACACAGACCAAAGGAAGUCUCCAGGAGCGAACUCCGAAGGUGACAGCACAGCCCUUUAGAAGAGCUCAGAUGGUCAAGAAAAAGGAUGAUCAAGCUAGUGGUUGACCGAGAAUACGAAAGCAGCUCCACAGGGGAAGACAGUGCUCCCGAGUGUCAGAAAAGCCAUCCUCAAAAGCCCUGCAGCCACAGCAGCG